GGUCGACUGCCAGUCUUAAAAAUGGCGGCGAGCGAAGGUGCCGUUAACUUCGUACGGCGGUAAAUGGAAGCCGGUUGUUGUCUGUUGUUGUUCUUUGCAGAGUGAGAGCGGCCGUCUUCACUUGGGCCGAUAGGGGAGAUGAUCCACGAGCUGCUGCUGGCACUGAGCGGAUACCCGGGCAGCAUCUUCAGCUGGAACAAACGAAGCGGCCUACAGGUAUCUCAGGAUUUGCCGUUCCUUCAUCCCAGUGAGACCAGUGUCUUAAAUCGUCUGUGCAAGUUAGGCACUGACUAUAUUCGCUUUACAGAGUUCAUUGAGCAAUACACUGGACAUGUGCAGCAGCAGGAGUGCCACCCUUCCCAGCAGGGCCAGGCUGGAUUGCACGGAAUUUAUCUCCGUGCCUUUUGUACUGGAUUAGACUCCAUGCUGCAGCCCUAUAGACAGGCUCUACUUGACCUUGAGCAGGAGUUCUUGGCAGACCCACACCUCUCCAUCUCACAUGUGAACUACUCUUUGGAUCAGUUCCAGCUGCUGUUUCCAUCUGUCAUGGUGGUGGUUGAACAAAUCAAAUCUCAAAAGAUUCAUGGCUGUCAACUUUUGGAGACCGUUCACAAACACAGCUGUGGAGGACUUCCACCAGUCCGCAGUGCAUUGGAGAAGAUCCUAGCAGUGUGUCACGGUGUGAUGUACAAGCAGUUAUCUGCGUGGAUGCUGCACGGGCUGUUGUUGGACAAGUAUGAGGAGUUCUUUAUCAAGCAAGGGCCUUCCUCUGGCAAUGUUAACACCCAGCCUGAGGAGGAAGAGGAUGAAGAUUUGGGAAUCAGAGGCUUGACUGGGAAGCAGCUUCGGGAGCUUCAAGACCUGCGGCUAAUUGAAGAGGAGAACAUGCUGGCUACGUCUCUGAAGCAGUUUUCACUGCGAGCUGAGAUGCUGCCCUCGUACAUCCCCGUGAGGGUGGCAGAGAAGAUCCUGUUUGUGGGAGAGUCCGUGCAGAUGUUUGAGAAUCAGAACGUGAAUCACACCCGUGCGGGGUCCAUUUUAAAGAACCAGGAGGAUACCUUUGCAGCAGAACUGCAUACGCUCAAACAACAGCCCCUUUUCAAUCUCGUGGAUUUUGAAAAUCUGAUAGAUAGAAUCAGAAGCACAGUGGCUGAGCAUCUAUGGAAGUUGGUGGUGGAAGAGGCUGGACUAUUGGGACAACUUAAGAUAAUCAAAGAUUUCUAUCUGCUGGGUCGAGGGGAACUCUUUCAGGCUUUCAUCGACAGUGCACAGCAUUUACUAAAGACUCCACCGACUGCAGUCACCGAACAUGAUGUCAACGUAGCAUUCCAGAAAUCAGCACACAAAGUGUUAUUGGAUGAUGACAACCUACUCCCACUCCUGCACCUCACUGUCGAAUAUCAUGGCAAAGACCUCAAAGAUGCAGCACAAAGUCGUGAUAAUUCCCUGCGUGAAUCUUCCCCUCGUGAAGCCCCUACUUCUGGCUGGUCUGCUCUGGGACUCUCGUACAAAGUGCAGUGGCCUUUGCACAUAUUGUUCACACCUGCCGUGCUAGAAAAAUACAACAUUGUCUUCAAGUACCUGCUGAGCGUGCGGCGAGUGCAGGCGGAACUGCAGCAUUGCUGGGCUGUGCAGAUGCAGCGGAAACACCUCACAUCCAACAAGUCAGACGCCAUCAAAUGGCGACUGAGGAAUCACAUGGCUUUCCUCGUGGACAACCUGCAGUACUACCUCCAGGGCGUGCAGCGCUCCUCUUUGUGUUACAGCACUCCACGUAGCUCUUCCCCGCAGGUAGAAACGGCACAGGCUACAGAGCGGUACGGACGGAGUCAGUACUUCCCUCAGGUGGAUGUCCUUGAGUCCCAGUUCUCACAGCUCCUCCAGGAAAUAAACUCUAUCCGAGAUUUCGAGAGCAUUCGGCUGGCCCACGAUCACUUCCUGAGUAAUCUCCUGGCUCAGUCAUUCAUCCUGCUUAAACCAGUGUUCCAUUGUCUGAAUGAAAUCCUCGAAUUGUGCCACAACUUCUGUUCUCUGGUCAGUCAGAAUCCAGGGCCACUGGAUGAGCGCGGUAUCUCGCAGCUGAAGCUGCUUGUAACGGGCUUUAGUCGUCAGUCGUCCUUGCUGUUCAAGAUCCUGUCCAGUGUCCGCAAUCACCAGAUUAACUCUGACCUGGCCCAGCUUUUGCUGCGACUGGACUAUAACAAAUACUACACACAGGCUGGAGGCACACUAGGCAGUUUUGCCAUUUGACCUCCAAGCACUGGGUGGCCGCCUGGACCAGUUGGGUUCUGACCUUCACCAGCAUCUGACCCUCCUGACCUGCCUGUCGUGUGAGACUGUCUCAAUGAAUCUGCUCACCUGACGACUCAUCCCCUCCCACAACAACCAACUGUACAAAACCUUCACUGAUGGAGACAUGGUGUUUACCCUUCAACUUGUGAUCAUUUUACACAAGCAUUCGCAGCAGGGGUUUGUGAACUGUUCUGCUGACUUUUCACCCAAUCCCUCCCUCUCUUUGCACAUCAGGGCUGGAAGUUAUGUCGAGCUUUCGUAGGAUUUUAUCUGCAGCUUUAUAGAAUCUUAGUGCCCUUUUUUUAAUGCCUGUGGGUGAUUGUGAAUGUUCUCCUGUACUUGUUUCUUUUGAAAUUGCCCCUGUUCCUCUCUCCAGCACCUUUUGAAGGAGGGAGGGUGUGGGUGUGGGUGUGGGUGGUGGUUGUGGUGGAUUGGGAAUGUGUCGCAGGACCAGAUCUCAGAUCCAAUUUUCCCAGUGCCAGCAAGGGGUUUCAGGAUUGCUCGUCACCGAAUCCUCAGUGGCAGAGACCAGGAUGAAUCUUUCCAAGAUGCGCAGGCAGUUAGCUGGGAAACGUGGACUGGUUUGGUCCCAAAACCUCGGACAAUUGGGGAAUCCCUGUUUCCCCCCCACUUCAGUUUCUGGGAGCCGUGCGGAAGAGGGCAUCUUUAAAUUAUUGCUCGCAGGAACGCAGUAUCAAUGAUUCUGUUGCUUCAACUGCCCUUUAACUCUUGAUCCCAUUUUCUAAGGUGUCCCCUGCUACCUUUCCACUCCCUGGUUGUGCCCGGGGCUAAACACUGCCUUAGUGACAGGCUUGAAACCUGAUCCACUACCCCCCCACGUUGCAUCUAAAUCAUCUGUCCAGCGGGCGCUGUCCCUAAUUUAGGAUUCGCACUAACAGCUGUUGUGGGAAAUGGGGAAUUUGCCCUAAGGGCAUAGAGGUGGCGUUUAACUGGGUCCGAGCCAUGUUAAUGAGGCGAAGCUGAGGGAGUGUUGUCUGCAUUAUAACUGGCCUGGACGCGCUUGCUGUGUGAAAUGGGAGGGGGUUUUCUGUUCCUGACAUCUCUUGCCCUGACAAGAAAGUAAAAUGACAGAGCUUUCCAUUGCCUUCCAGCAGAGCGGUGAUUGCUCCAUGCUGUGUGCAGAUCAGCGAUUUGAAUGGAUAUUGCCAGAAACAACUGUUUGUUUCAUCAGCUGUUUUCCUGCUAAGGAUAAAGAGUGCAAACCAAUGUUAAAUCCCAGAGUCCAUUCACGUUCACUACUCUCACAGGAAUAGUGUGACCUUUCCUCUUUGUGAGCCUGUCUCGAUCUGUAAGUAGUACCAAAUAAAACAGAAUCCACGCCA